AUGGCUUCGACUCCAAAGCUCUCGACCGUCAUCACUUGGCUGCUCUACUUCAUCCCCGUGUACAUCUUCAUCCUCGACCCGUUCGUCCGCCCGCUUCUCCCGGAGUCGACCUCGCGGUCUUGGAACUCCGACGAGAUCGCCGACGAGUGGGAGGAUACCGCGCCCGGACUAAACCUGACCGAUGACUCGUUCAUUAGUCCCGAGGACGGCGUGCCGCUGAACUGUCCCGGCGAGGCCGCCGGGUACCGGGUGCACCUGCUGUCGCGCACGCCGCUCAUUCUGUACAUCGAGAACUUCCUGGGCGACGAGGAAGCGGACCAUUUGGUUGAUAUCAGCCUCAACAAAUAUACCCCAUCCAUCGUCUACGAUGGCGUUAGCGAACGAGUCGACCCGUCGAAACGACUUUCCGACCGCGCCCUGCUCGACCGCGACGAUACGGUGCGCUGCCUGGAAGACCGCGCCCGCGCGUUCCAGGGCUGGCGGCCGCACGUGUACAUCGAGCGCAUGUGGGCCCAGCGCUACAAUGCCUCGGGCCACUACCGGCACCACUACGACUGGACGGGAUCGCUUGCGCGCGGAGGCGACCGGCUCAGCACGUUCAUGGUAUACCUGGGUGCGAACUGCACGGGUGGGGGGACGAACUUCCCGCGUCUGCGGCGGCCGGCGAGCCGGCACUGGUGCCGGUUCCUGGAGUGCGAGGCCGAGGGGGCCGAGAACGACGGGGGAGACCAGAUGCAGCAGGGGAUCACGUUCAAGCCGAUCAAGGGCAAUGCGAUCUUUUGGGAGAACCUACGCGCCGAUGGGACAGGGUACCCCGAGACUUGGCACGCCGCGUUCCCGGUCACGUCAGGGACCAAGGUUGGGCUCAAUAUCUGGAGCUGGUAUCAACCGCCGCGGAGGAAAAUGCUCGGCGGGCGCUGA